UUGCCGACACUUGAAAAAUACAAACAAAAGCCGCAGUCGGACACAUGACGCAGCUGCGCGCAUAUUCAAACGCCGAGCGAUGUCAGCGACGUCGCGCGUCAUCGCCGAAGCGUACUAACAACAUCCGAGAGUGACAGCAAUAAUAACAAAAGGCGAGAGCAAUCAUAAUCCAAGUCCUGGCUGCGAGACAUUUUGUCAGUGCCAGAACAAUCGAAGAAGAAGAAGACAGUCCAAGUCCCUACAAAGUUGCACGUACCGGGUUACAAACACAUUAUUGUUCAUCAAAACAAUCAAAAAGUCAUCGGCGAAAUGGGUAAAAUUUCGAAGAAGCAGUUCCCUUGUUAUGAAAAGGGUGUCGUGCGAUAUUCAGCGAAAGUCGACAAUUACUUCUGUCAUAUUUGCUGGAUGAAGUGCGAGGAUCAUUACAGGACACAUUUGGAAUCUCCCGAGCAUCAGUUGAAGUACCAAUGCUACCUUCGCUCGUUUAUUGAUAACGAUGCUCCCUUUGUUACUUGCAAGCUCUGCGAUCGAUUCAUUGGGCACAAGCUGAUUUCUAAGCACGCAGUUAGUCAUGAAUUAAUACCCUGGUAUCGUCCUACGGAUGAGUGUAAGAUUUUGUACGAAAAUUUUGUCUCCAAACAUGAAGAGGAGUAUUAUUGUCACAUUUGUGGGUUGAAAUUUUUACACUGGUAUGUGGCUGUUUGUCAUACGGAUGAGGUGCUACACAAACGCCUUCUUAAAUUGAGAAUAAAACAGCCAGAAGAGAAUAACAAUAAUAAAUUGAGCUUCCCAGGAUCUUUUCAUGAGAUCAUCAUUAGUAACUGCAUUUUUCCGAUGUCAGAGGAGACCUCGAUCUGCGUUUUAUGUGAUAAACAAUUCCAAUUCAGUAUGAGACAUACUGGAGAGGAGAAUCACAUAAAAAACAAAAAGAAAUUUUUGAUGGAGUUGAAGUUGAAUCCAGUUCACAUUCCCAAAUUCAUUGAUGAUUUAGACCGCAAUUCUAGAAUUUUAAAUAAGAAUAAUAAGAAUAAAAAUGUGGAAAAAUCGGCAAAUGAUGGCAAGAUUAACAAGAUUGUUUCUUCUUGCGAACUUUGUAAUCGUCUUGUCGAGGGGGAAAGUAUUGAUGAACACGUGAUGAUGAAUAAAGCCCAUAAGAGAAAGGAGGAGAAGUACCUGAAUAAGGGUUUUGGCCCUAAAAGAAUAAAGAGAAAAGUUGAUAAAGUGGAUUUGGUGAAUUGUAACGUUUGUGAAAGGACUGUUGGGGUUUACAAUGUUUUCUUUCAUAAUCGAACCACAGAGCACUUGGAGAAUGCUAAGAAAUCGUUGCGGAUAUCUAAUAAUGAGGAGAUGAGUCCUAGAAGACUGAUGAGAGACUUGAUAAAUGAUUUAGCUAUGAAGAGAGAACUUGAGACUUUGAAGAAACUGCCGAACGAGAUUGUGACGUUGGACAGUGGAAAUUUGUUCAUUUGUACGAUUUGCAAUAUUCAGAUCUGUGGGGGAGAGAGUGUUAUUGCUCAUUUGAGAAGCUCGAAACACGUUGAGAAUAAGGAAAAGGAGAAUGAAUGGAUCUGUAAGAUCUGUCAUUGUAUCAUGGAGGGCAGGAGGGCGAUGCUGGCUGUGAAUAAGCGGAGGGAAGAGAUGCACCGAGAGGAGAUGAGGCGACUCGUUGACAUGGCUGUGAUGUAUCCUCGUUAAUAAUUUUUUAUUCUUGUCGGGUGACGAAAACUCCUUGAUUGGAGAGUUCAAAGUUUAAGAAAUUUGGACAAUCAUUUUUUCAAAUUAUAUUUUGUACU